ACAACCUACCGCUGGAGGCGCUGUUCCCCUCCUCCUCCCAUAAGCGGGGGAGUGAGAGGUGCAUGAAAUGGAGAAAAAUGGCGGAUCAUGUGCAGGGCCUUGCCCAGCUGGAGAUCCUAUGUAAACAGCUGUACGAGACCACGGACACGGCGGUCCGGCACCAAGCGGAGAAAGCCCUGGUCGAGUUCACCAACAGCACCGACUGUCUCAGCAAAUGCCAGCUACUGCUGGAGCGAGGCAGCUCUUCAUAUUCCCAGCUGCUUGCAGCCACCUGUCUGUCUAAACUGGUGUCUCGAACCGGCAACCCUCUGCCUCUCGAGCAACGCAUCGACAUCCGGAACUAUGUGCUGAACUACCUGGCCACGCGGCCCAAGCUCGCGGCGUUUGUGACCCAGGCGCUGAUCCAGCUGUACGCCCGCAUCACCAAGCUAGGCUGGUUCGACUGUCAGAAGGACGACUACGUCUUCCGGAAUGUCAUCGCUGACGUCACGCGCUUUCUACAGCAGGACAGUGUGGAGCAUUGCAUCAUAGGAGUGACCAUUCUGUCCCAGCUGACCAAUGAAAUCAAUCAGGCGGACACGACGCACCCCCUCACCAAACACAGGAAGAUUGCGUCGUCGUUCAGAGACUCGUCACUCUUCGACAUCUUCACCCUCUCCUGUAACCUGCUCAAACAGGCGUCGGGGAAGAACUUGAACCUGAACGAUGAAUCCCAGCACGGGCUCCUCAUGCAGCUGCUGAAGCUCAGCUACAACUGCCUCAACUACGACUUCAUAGGAACGUCCACGGACGAGUCCUCGGACGACCUCUGUACUGUCCAGAUCCCCACCUCCUGGAGAUCAGCAUUUCUCGAUUCCUCGACCCUGCAGCUCUUUUUCAAUUUAUAUCAUUCCAUCCCACCGUCCCUGUCCCCGUUGGUGUUGUCAUGUCUAGUACAGAUCGCCUCUGUUCGAAGGUCGCUCUUCAACAACGCAGAGAGGGCAAAGUUCCUGUCGCACCUCGUCGAUGGAGUGAAGAGGAUACUGGCAAACCCUCAGUGUCUGCCAGAUCCCAACAACUACCAUGAGUUCUGUCGUCUGCUGGCGAGACUAAAAAGUAACUACCAGCUGGGGGAGCUGGUCAAGGUGGAGAACUACCCCGAAGUCAUCCGCCUCAUCGCCAACUUCACCGUCACCAGUCUUCAGCACUGGGAGUUCGCCCCCAACAGCGUCCACUACCUGCUGAGCCUAUGGCAGCGUCUGGCGGCGUCGGUGCCCUACGUCAAGGCCACGGAGCCCCACCUUCUGGAGACCUACACCCCGGAGGUCACCAAGGCCUACAUCACCUCGCGCCUGGAGUCCGUCCACGUCAUCCUGAGGGACGGUCUGGAGGACCCCCUGGACGACGCGGGCCUGGUGCAGCAGCAGCUGGACCAGCUAUCCACCAUCGGCCGAUGUGAGUAUGAGAAGACGUGCGCCCUGCUGGUGCAGCUCUUCGACCAGGCCGCCCAGAGCUACCAGGAGCUGCUGCAGUCCACCAACGCCAGCCCCGCCGACGCCACGGUGCAGGAGGGACGGUUGACAUGGCUGGUGUACAUCAUCGGCGCGGUGAUCGGCGGACGGGUGUCGUUCGCCAGCACGGACGAGCAGGACGCCAUGGACGGCGAGCUGGUGUGUCGGGUGCUCCAGCUGAUGAACCUGACGGACUCCCGGCUGGCCCAGGCCGGCAACGAGAGGCUGGAGCUGGCCAUGCUCAGCUUCUUCGAACAGUUCAGGAAGAUCUACAUCGGAGACCAGGUGCAGAAGUCCUCCAAGCUUUACCGGCGUCUGUCGGACGUGUUGGGGCUGAAUGAUGAGACCAUGGUACUUAGUGUCUUUAUUGGUAAAAUCAUCACCAACCUAAAGUACUGGGGUCAGUGUGAGCCAAUCACCUCCAAGACGCUGCAGCUCCUCAACGACCUGUCUCUAGGAUACAGCAGCGUGAGGAAGCUGGUCAAGCUCACUGCGGUCCAGUUCAUGUUGAACAACCACACAAGUGAGCACUUCUCCUUCCUGGGAGUGAACAACCAGUCGAAUCUAAGCGACAUGCGUUGUCGCACCACGUUCUACACGGCACUUGGGCGCCUCCUCAUGGUGGACCUAGGGGAAGAUGAAGACCAGUUUGAGCAGUUCAUGCUGCCCUUGACGGCCGCCUUCGAAACCGUGGCCCAAAUGCUCAGCACCAACACCUUCAACGAACAGGAGGCCAAGAGGACUCUGGUGGGUUUGGUGCGUGACUUGAGAGGAAUCGCUUUCGCCUUCAACGCCAAGACCAGCUUCAUGAUGCUGUUUGACUGGAUAUACCCGGCCUACAUGCCCAUCCUACAGAGAGCCAUAGAGUUGUGGUACCACGACCCUGCAUGCACUACACCCGUCCUCAAACUCAUGGCUGAGCUCGUCCACAACAGGUCCCAACGGCUACAGUUUGACGUCUCCUCGCCCAAUGGGAUCCUUCUGUUCAGGGAAACCAGCAAAAUGAUCACUACCUACGGCAACCGCAUCCUGACGCUGGGCGAGGUGCCGAAGGACCAGGUGUACGGCGUGAAGCUGAAGGGCGUGUCGGUGUGCUUCGCCAUGCUCAAGGCCGUGCUCAGCGGCAACUACGUCAACUUCGGCGUUUUCCGUCUCUACGGCGACGACGCCCUGGACAACGCCCUGCAGACCUUCAUCAAGCUGCUGCUGUCCAUCCCCCAUAGUGACCUCCUGGACUACCCCAAGCUCAGCCAGUCCUUCUACUCCCUGCUGGAGGUGCUGACCCAGGACCACAUGAACUUCUUCGCCAGCCUAGAGCCCCACGUGGCCGUGUACAUCCUGUCCUCCAUAUCAGAGGGACUCACCGCGCUGGAUACGAUGGUGUGUACGGGAUGCUGCUCCAGCCUGGACCACAUCGUCACCUACCUGUUCAAGCAGCUGACGCGCUCCACCAAGAAACGGCCCGCUUCCAUGGCGACGGACGACCGCUUCCUCCACAUCAUGCGGCAGCACCCGGAGAUGAUCCAGCAGAUGCUCUCCACGGUCCUGAACAUCAUCAUCUUCGAGGACUGCCGGAACCAGUGGUCCAUGUCGCGGCCUCUGCUCGGCCUCAUCCUGCUCAACGAGAAGGUACAGUAUUUCGCCGACCUGAGGAACAGCAUCGUCAACAGCCAGCCGCCGGAGAAGCAGCAGGCCAUGCACUUGUGUUUCGAGAACCUGAUGGAGGGCAUAGAGCGCAACCUGCUCACCAAGAACCGGGACAGGUUCACGCAGAACCUGUCUGUGUUCCGCCGCGAGGUCAACGACAGCAUGAAGAACUCUACGUACGGCGUCAACAGCAACGACAUGAUGAGCUGACAUUCCACACACCCAGCGUCGGACCCUUGCGGACCACCACAGUCUCCCCUUCCUCCUUCUCCCACCUCCUCCUCUUCCUCUUGGUUAUACCUCUGCUAGCGUUAACCCCCCCCCCUCCUCCUCCUCCUCCUCUUCCUCACCCUACUCACACCUCAUUGGCUGUCGCAGUCUCCAACAUUCUUUUUUUGAUCGUUUUUUUUUGCUCACCUUGGGCCCGGACGCCCUGAGGACUUUUAUCUUUACCCCCUGGCCGGGCGGAGGAGGAGGUAUCGAUCAAUAAAAACCAACGUUCACCACCCUUUUUACGUUGUACAUGUCCCACUUCCUGUCAUUGGCCCCCCCUCCUCACCUCACCUCCUCAACCCUCGGUCCCCGACUCCCUUGCCCCCCCACCUUUUUUGAUAUGAGCAUAAUAUAAAUAUAUACAGAUCUAUUUUAAAGCCAGUCUGCAGAGGCUUCCAUAGGCUUAGUCCUCUGGCAGGGGAAGGACGAGGUUUCGGAGGGAGGGAAAGGGCGAGAAAUCAUGGAGAGGGGAGGGAGGGCGCACUUCUACGCAUUCUGGACGAGGGAAAUGAUAGCGAAGGAAUGGGUGAGAGCGGUUAGACAGAGCGAGAGUGAGGUGAGUGUUUAAGGAUUUGAAGAGCGAGACAAGAGAAACAUAAAGCCGGUAAUCGUAGUGAUCUGCUUCUGCCUGCCUUGUAUAGAAAAAAAACACGAGUAACAAAAAAAAAGUGUACAUUUUUUUCUUUUUUUUCGUAACAUUUUGAACAAUGUUUAUAAUGAAAAAAAAAUACACAAGCAUAAUUGAGUGUGAUUGAGUGAGCUUUUUUUUCAGUAAUAGUGAGUUAGUUCAACAGUGUCUGGCGGGGGUGGGGGGGGGUUCCAACCAUUAAGAGCACAGGGAACAAUAGUUUAAAGGAAAGGGGCGGGGCACCUGAGCUCUGGAUUGGGUAGAGCAUCACCAUGGCAACGCAAAAAGGUUGAAAACACUAAACGGAUGCUGUGGAUCCAAGCUCCAUCUCUGUACAGUUACCCUCAGGGUCGAGGGGUGGAAAAUGGCUGCCGUCCUGGCCCCGAGCGCCGGACUAGGAACAGUGAUAACGACGGUCCUCCCGGCUCCUCUUCUUCUUCCUCUUCCUUCUCUGAACCGUCUGUACACACCGGAACACCCCCCCACCCCUUAACGGUGGAGGUCUUCAGUGGGACACCUUCCCGGUCCCACUCUAUGGUUGAGUCAGGGUCGUGUUAGGGCGUGUAAGCAACGUGGGGUCGGCUAUGUUCCCACCCUCUGGUAGGCCGUGUGGGUGUAGCCUCACGCCAUUUUGUUUGCACUCCUUCUGUGGUGUGGAGGUCCUCCAUGUGGAGUCCUUUUUGAGUGGGCGUGUGUGUGUGUGUGUGUGUGUGUGAGCGCGUAUAUGCGCAAGUAUGUUGGUGUGCGCGUGUGUGUGGCGUGGUGUGGUUUCGGAGGAUCGGCGUAGUGUUCUGUUGCCUGGUGUGCAUGUGGCGUUUCAUGGUGGCGAGACUGCAGGGGGGGGGGCUUUGGGUCGGGGGUGGUCUCCGAUAGGUCCUCUUUGGACCACCCGAAGACCCUCCCUCCCCCCCCUUUCUAGUUCUGUAGCAUCGCAUUCGCAGUGUCUAGUCAUCCAUGCUCACGUGAAGGAAAUGUUUUAAUUUUUAAAGAGAAAGAAAAAAAAAUAACAUCAAGCUUUGGUAGAGAUCGGAAAAGUAUAAAAAAAAAAAAAGAUAGAAAUGGAGUACACAGCGACUUGGUAUUAACCCUGCAGAGUCGCGGCUAACUUUGUUUAUUUUGCGAUGACUAGCGAAUCUCUAACCAGUGUCCGCUCCCAUGGAUGUUCAUUUUGAGUUCCUUUUUUAUUAUUUGGUUUCUGUCCCUGAUGUGAAUGUGUGGGGUCCAUAGUGUGAGUAGCUGAAUUGUUUGGAUGUCUGCUGCAUAUAGUGUAAGCAUUGUGACUGCAAAUAAACCUCAUCGGUUUGUA